GGAGGACAUGGUGUGAGUUAAGUCCACAAGUUUAAAAGCAGAUAAACAGUAACUCAGUUUAUCAGAUACAGCACAACAUCUCUGGAGGACACUGAAAUUUAGAAAAGCUACAACACUAAUAGUUUAUCUCCUAAUUUUCAGACAGUUUCCCAAAAAACACAUCUAUGAUGGAGCAGCGUCUGUUCAUACUCCUGUUUUUCACAGCAGUUGUCCCUCUCGUCCUAUCUGUCCCUCGUAAGUAUUAUCUGAUCCAGCAGGGAAAAACAUGGAGUAAUGCUAAGGCUUACUGUCGAGCCACACACAAGGACCUGGCCAUCAUAACAAGUAAUGAGGAACUGGUUCGACUGCAGAAUGAAGCACAGAGAUACCGGUUCAGUGCCAAUGCUUGGAUUGGACUGUACAAUAACUACAACAACUGGAUCUGGUCCAUUGGAAGUGAGCCACUUGGAAGUUUGAGGCUAUGGAGUUUAGGCGAGCCCAACAACUAUGGUGGAAGUGAAGCUUGUGGUUCAAUAACUCCAACUGGUUGGAAUGAUAUGCCUUGUGGAUUUGCAUUGCCGUCUGUGUGCUUUGAUGCCAGUAAAACAGGAAAUAAUAGUUACAUUUACAUCUCUACUACAAUGUCAUGGGCUGGAGCUCAGGCAUACUGCAGACAGCAUUAUACAGAUCUGGUCAGUAUUAAAGAUCCAACAGAAAACUCAGUUAUAGCGGCAAUGGUCUCUGGGUACACCUGGUUUGGUCUGUACAGAGAUGGCUGGAGGUGGACAGAUCAAACCAUCUUCUCUACCGUCAGCUGGUUGUCUGGACAACCUGAUAAUGCCCUGUGGAAUGCAGGCUGUGGAUUUUUAAGUAACAGUCGGGCUGCCGUUGCACAGUGCUCAACCAUAAUGCCUUUCUUCUGUUUCUCAUUUAUCACAGAAAAACAACAAAUAGUAAAGGUGAAGGUACAGUCCAAUCAGGAUGUGAAUGAUCCUCAAAUAAAGGUGGCCAUCUUGGAGAAGAUCAAGCAGAAAGUUAAGGACCAUGGAAUGACAGAGAACAUCACAGUAAAAUGGAGAGAGGAAUCAGAUGGUACGGUGUUUCACAAGGAGAAAGAAGAGCUCUAAAUCUUGUAUCUGAAUCUCAAAUCGUAGUGCAAUUUUUCAUUUAUUGUCUAGGAUUUUUCUUUAGACUAAAUGUACUAAAUCAAGAGCUACUUCUUCAGUUUUGCAUAUACACUAUUGUUGUAGCUAAGAUGUAAUGAAAGUCUCAAUCAUGAUUGUACACAUUAUUUAUAUACUCACUUCAAAUUACAUAGAGAACAACUUACACUUGUAUGGCACUUGUAUAGAUGUUAUAAUUGUUUUCCUCAUUAUAACCAUUAAAUAACUAUUCUAUUGGGGAUGAAGUAGAACCUGCAGAUUAUGUGAUGUAAGAACAGUGUAGAUUUUCCCCUUCUAUCUUUCCUGUUUCCAUUUGAGAUCCAUCUUCAGGAGUUCCACUGGGGUUUGAAGCUCUCUGUAUAGAUGUUCUGAAAAAAAUCUUGAUCUGUAAAUCCUCAAGAAAAAUAAAAUUCUUUUCAA